UUUCGCAUGUCGUUUGGGUGGGUCUUUUUGUUGUAAUUUUUUACUGACGCAUAAAAAAGUUAGAAAUUCCAACGGCGCGCUUCUGUUUUAUGUUUUCUGCAGUAAUUUUGAAAAUUGUUUCUGCUCCUUUCAAGUUGGAAAAUAUAGUGGAUGUGUAAAAUUAAUCAAAUGCCAUGAAAAGUGAAGAAAACGCAAUAUUCUGAGAAAAGUGCAUAUCUACGCUACGGAAAAUCGGAUUAGGUGGUGGCUGUGGUGACGGUAGCAGUGGUAGCAGCAACAGCGAAAACCGAAACAGUACAAAAGAUAACAAAAGUAAAGUAGAAUAAGAAAAAGGCCGUAACGCAAGGAGAAAAGCAAAACUGGUCAAGUGCAAAAGUGUUGUUGCUGUCCCGCUGCCUUGGAGUAGCGCUUGUCGAGUGUGCGUCUUCACCCAUCCACUAGUGGUAGCGUUAAAACAAGCGGACGUGUUGGAAUCGAAUACGUAUGUCGUGCGACGCGAUGCGAUAAAAAAAUUCAACAUAUGCAUUUCACUAGAAAAACUCGGCAACUUGUCCACGAAAACGCCAAACAAAUAUAUUUACGACUAUCCGUAAAACACCUCGCGCGUUACUUUAAAGUUUAAGUUUAAAAGUGCUUUCGUGUAAUUUAAUUUUCCGUCUUCGUAUAUACAUACAUAUGCAUCUCGUAACAAAUCAGAAUUUUUUUUUAUGCAAAGAACCAAUUGGUAAGAGGUGAAAGUGUUUGCAAAAUAAAGUUAGUUGUAUGUGGAAAAAAUACAAUCGGGUCAGGAAUACGGUACUAAAUAAUUUUCAAGUAAUUUUGUCGCAACUUAUGUCGUAAACCGUCGUCAUGUUCAAGUGCAUUCCAAUAUUCAAGGGCUGUAAUCGCCAAGUUGAAUUCGUUGACAAGCGGCAUUGUUCACUGCCCAGUGUUCCAGAGGAAAUUCUUCGUUAUUCACGUACAUUGGAGGAGCUAUUCUUAGAUGCGAAUCAUAUUCGAGAUUUGCCAAAGAAUUUCUUCAGACUUCAUCGUUUACGAAAAUUGGGCCUAAGUGAUAAUGAGAUAGUCCGAUUACCUCCAGACAUCCAGAAUUUUGAGAACUUAGUGGAACUGGACGUUUCACGAAAUGAUAUUCCAGACAUUCCUGAUGACAUCAAACACCUGCAAAGCCUACAGGUUGCUGAUUUCAGCUCAAAUCCGAUUCCAAAACUACCUGCAGGAUUUUCUCAACUCAAAAAUUUAACAGUUUUAGGUUUAAAUGAUAUGUCACUUACCACAUUGCCAGUCGAUUUUGGAUGCUUAUCACAAUUGGAAUCAUUGGAGUUGCGGGAGAACCUAUUAAAACAUUUGCCCGAAUCGAUACGACAACUGACUAAGCUAAAACGCUUAGACUUGGGCGACAAUGAAAUCGAAGAGCUACCACCAUAUUUGGGUUACUUGCCCGGCUUACAUGAGCUUUGGCUAGACCACAACCAGUUAGAAAGACUGCCACCUGAGAUCGGAUUACUAACCAAUUUGACAUAUCUGGAUGUUUCUGAAAAUCGGCUCGAGAAAUUACCAAACGAAAUCGGUGGCCUCGAAAAUUUAACCGAUUUGGAUUUAGCACAAAAUUUACUUGAAUCUCUACCCGAUGGAAUUGCAAAAUUAAGUCGACUGACAAUUCUCAAGCUGGAUCAAAAUCGCUUACAAAAGUUAAAUCCAACCAUAGGAUCUUGUGAAAAUAUGCAGGAGUUGAUAUUGACCGAAAACUUCUUAUCAGAAUUGCCUGCAUCGAUUGGCCAAAUGACAAAAUUGAGCAACUUGAAUGUGGAUCGCAACGCGCUUGAAUACCUGCCCAUCGAGAUAGGAAAUUGUGCAAAUUUGGGCGUUUUGAGUUUGCGAGAUAACAAACUAAAGAAACUACCACCAGAGUUGGGAAACUGUUCGGUGUUGCACGUGCUGGACGUGUCGGGCAAUCAGUUGCAGUACUUGCCGUAUACACUGGUUAAUUUGCAGCUGAAAGCUGUUUGGUUAUCUGAAAAUCAAGCACAGCCGCUACUGACGUUCCAGCCAGACACAGACGAGGCAACAGGUGAACAGGUACUGACAUGCUUCUUACUGCCACAACAAGAAUAUCAACCAAUUACACCAGAUUACCCACCGUGUCAACUCUAUAGAUCGAGCGAAAAAUUCGAUUCGUCGGAAUUCCACGUCUAUCAACAAAAAGCGCGCGAGCUUGAAACCGAUUCGGACGGCUGGGAAGAGCGCGAAGCUUCAAGAACACAUUCCGUAAAAUUUUCCGAAGAAUCCACGCAGGAGAAGGACACACCAUUUGUCAGGCAGAAUACGCCGCACCCCAAAGAGCUGAAGGCAAAGGCACACAAACUAUUUGCCAAAGAUCGUAGCCGUGCUGAUGACGCCAAAUUAGAUACAGUUUCGGAAGAAACGUCAUCAAAGUUCUCUGUUAGUGGGGCAUCCAGAAUUGGGCCUAAUUCCACCAUAGUUGAGCAUAUAACAGAAACAAAGCCCAUCUAUGAAAAUCACCAACAACCACAGCCGCUCUCACCACAAACGCCAAAAGCAGCGGUAUCAUUUUCACAACAACCGGUUAUUGCACAAGUAGCGGGGCAACAGCCAAAUUCGGAUGGAAGUUCAGUAACAGCCCACGAACCGAUUGCAAGUGUUGCGCCCGAACAUGGCAAUGUUGCUGUGGUGGUAGCUUCAGCAGCAGUAACAGCGGCAGCUACUUCCAGCGGCACCGGCGAUGAUGAAGAAGAAGAAGACUUUGAUGAAGCGGAAAGGCGUGUGGGCUUCCAAGUCGAGGGUGCGGAUGAUGAUUUCUACAAGCGCCCAAUGAAGUUGCAUCGACGCGAUACUCCGCACCACUUGAAGAAUAAACGUGUACAACAUAAUCUCACCGAUAAAAAGGCAAGUGAAAUUCUCGCCAAUGCGUUAAAUCAAGAGAAGAAAACGGCACAACUGCCUCCAGUUCAAUCGCCAAUACAGGAAAAUGUGGCGGCCGAGCAAAAUGAACAGCAACCAUUGCAACAGCAGCAACAACCCUUCACGGCACCCAUUUCACCCAUUCCUCCACCAACCGUGCCGACCCCACUCUCAACAGGGCAAUUACCUGAUGAUGCGGUUGAUGGGCUGACGGAGCUACGUCUCGAACAGUAUGAAAUUCAUAUUGAACGCACCACUGCUGGACUUGGCCUGAGUAUAGCGGGCGGGAGAGGCUCAACACCCUUCAAAGGCGACGAUGAGGGCAUUUUCAUAUCACGUGUGACCGAAGGUGGCCCAGCGGAUUUGGCUGGCUUGAAAGUUGGCGAUAAAGUACUAAAAGUGAAUGGUAUUUCUGUGAUCGACGCCGAUCACUAUCAGGCUGUACAGGUAUUGAAAGCCUGCGGAGCCGUGUUGGUGCUGGUGGUAGAACGCGAGGUGACCCGCCUUAUUGGACAUCCGGUAUUUAGCGAAGAUGGCUCUGUCUCACAGAUUUCGGUGGAAACACGGCCAUUGCCAGCGCAACAGCAACAAUUUACGCAGCAACAUGAAAAAUUCAUUCCGGCACCAAUUGAAAUUAUUCCAGAACAGCAACAGCAACAACAACAACCUGUUACAAAUUUCAACAGUUAUCAAGCAAAUGUAUUUACCACACCGUCAACGCUUACGGGAACAGCAGGAGCAACAAAUGCGGCAAAUUUAUCACAGCAACAGCAGCAGCAGCAGCUACAACCGCAACACGUUGGGGUUGCAACAACAAAUGGCAUUUUGGAAAAUGGCAAGUUGACGCAGGAUGCCCCCUUGAGCUAUCUUCAAUUGCACACGACUUUAAUUCGCGAUCAAAUCGGACAGGGUUUGGGCUUCAGCAUUGCCGGUGGAAAAGGCUCGCCACCGUUUAAGGAUGGCUGCGAUGGAAUUUUCAUUUCACGCCUAACUGAAGGUGGUUUGGCGCAGCGUGACGGUAAAAUAAUGGUUGGCGACCGUGUGAUGGCUAUUAAUGGAAAUGACAUGACGAACGCAUGCCACGACGCGGCGGUACAAUGUCUCACAGAGCCGCAGCGAUUUGUGCGCUUGGUUUUGCAGCGCGAAUACCGUGGACCUCUGGAGGCGCCGUUAAGCCCACGCAGUCCCGCUGUAUUGAACUCGCUUAGCCCUUCCGGAUAUCUCGCAAAUCGGCCAGCCAACUUCAAUCGUUCCAUUGGAGACAUAAUAACAGAGCAGGCACAAAGUAAUUUGCAACCGACUCCAGUACUGGCACAACAACAACCAACCCAACAACAAUUCAACUACACCACCCAACCGUCGGCAUAUGAGACACAUAAAAAUGCCGCGAUACCCAACGCAACAGCAGCAACAAUAACAGCCGGAACUGCAGAUGGUAAUAUUGUGCCGAAAACAAAUGGUUUUACGACUGCGGCAACGAUGACGUCCUCAAAACAACCCCAGCCGCAACAAAUCGAUAAGAUUACGGGACAGCCAGUACCAGCUCCCAGGCGUGCCAACUCUAUUCCUUUAGGUGACGCGGCAGCAGAAGCGAUGCCAGCCAACGGCGAUGCCGCGCAACCAUUCAAACCGGCACCCACCACGGCCACAAACCCACCCACAGAUGCUUCUUCAGAAACACAGGUGCCGCCGCUCCGCCCGCUGACAAGUGAAGAUUUCCAAGCGAUGAUACCGGCACAUUUCCUUAGCGGUGGCAGUCAACAUCAGGUGAAUGUGGCGCGUGGCAACGAGGUGGGUGUUGGACCCUCGGUCACCGUAACGGUGAACAAAGCUGUUCCAGAUCUGCCUAUGUUCCCGGCAGCGCCCACGGAGCUGGGUCGCAUUACCGAAACGAUCACAAAAUCCACAUUUACGGAAACCGUAAUGACGCGGGUCACCGAUAACCAUUUAGCGGAGCCACUGAUCAGUGAGGAAGUUAUCUUACCCAAGAAUAAAGGAUCACUUGGCUUCAGCAUCAUUGGUGGUACGGAUCAUUCGUGUGUGCCGUUUGGAUCACACGAACCGGGGAUAUUUAUAUCGCAUAUUGUGCCUGACGGUAUUGCCCAUAAAUGUGAAAAACUACGAAUGGGUGACAGAAUUUUGAAGGUGAAUGACGUGGAUAUCUCGCGUGCCACCCACCAGGAGGCUGUAAUGGAGCUGCUGAAGCCUGGCGACGACAUUAAGCUGACAAUACAACACGAUCCAUUGCCCCCUGGCUUCCAGGAAAUCGUCAUUAGUAAAGCUGAAGGCGAACGUCUGGGCAUGCACAUUAAGGGCGGACUUAAUGGUCAGCGCGGCAAUCCAGUUGAUCCCACCGAUGAGGGUGUAUUUGUGUCGAAAAUUAAUUCAGUCGGUGCAGCGAGACGGGAUGGAAGGUUGAAGGUUGGUAUGCGUCUUCUGGAAGUCAACGGCAAUUCACUGUUGGGCGCCUCGCAUCAGGACGCAGUAAAUAUUUUGCGUAAUGCUGGCAAUGAAAUCCAUUUGGUCGUGUGCAAAGGGUACGACAAAUCCAAUUUAAUUCAUUCCAUUGGUGCAGCUGGCGGCAUGAGCACAGGCUUCCACACAUCAAGCAGUCGACAGGGUUCUCGUGCUUCCGAAACAGGCUCUGAACUGAGCCAAAGUCAGAGCAUAUCGAGCUUGGAUCGCGACGAAGAUGAACGCAUACGACAAGAUUUUGAAGUUUUUGCACCGAAAACCGAGUUGAAUAACGAACGAUCAGUAUUAGCAUCCGUGGCGGCAUUGGCCCACUCGCCCACCAUUCCGCCGAGUGCAGGCGCUUUGCCACAACAGCAUGCAACUGAAAGUGAUACAUCCAAAAUCGGAGUCGUUCCACCGCCACCACAAACUCCUCAAGAUGCGCUUGCCACGUUUACAAAUGUCGAAAAAACGUUGGUACAAACAAAGGAAAAGAGCACCCCGGAGAAGGUGCUUGAAAUCGUUCGUGCUGCUGAUGCAUUCACCUCAGUUCCACCCAAAUCACCAGCCGAACAUCACGAUCAAGAUAAAAUUCAAAAGACCACAACGGUCGUCAUUUCGAAACACACGCUCGAUACAAAUCCGUCGACUGGGCUGGCUUCCUCACCCCCAGCAACACAUUCGUUACAAGCAGCGUUACCAACGGUCGGCACAACCACGACGACGACCACAACAACACCACCGGUAUCACCAGGUCUGGACUCGACAGUUACUACAGAUGUGGCCUCGGCAAGUCGCACAAAAGCGGCCACCCCACCACCCCAACAGCAACAGCCACAACAGCAACAGAGGCGCACUCCAACUCUCCCUAUACAGAAGGCGACAGCAGAAGCUAUAACAAAGCCUAAAGAUUCCCGUUAUGAGUAUAAAGAGAUGGUAAAAAGUCAACCUCAUGUUCGAUGUGAGGAUGAGAGCGCUCCCUUGGCGCACAAAGCUAAGAAAGCGGAACCUGUUUAUAUAAUUGACGAUGAAGACGAAGAAGAAGGGGAGAAAGAGUGUGUCGACGAUCAAGCUGAAGAUUCUAAAGAUGAGGCCGAAGAUGAUAUCGAUGCGUUCUCGCCGAAUAUCUCGGCUGACCAGGGUGACACAGAUUCUGACUAUUUUGAGCGGCCUCACCCUUCGCCACGUUACACAAGUGAUUCUGAGAACGACUACCGACCAUUUCGACCCAACGUCGAGCGGUUGGGAAAUAUUUCUGGUCGCAGCACACCAGAUCUCUCAAGUUCCACAUUCGGUCACCGAAAAUCUGUAAGUUUCGACUUGAGUGGCGAUGAACGGUCCAAAUCCGACUACGAACGUUCACGCACUCCUGAUGGUUAUUCACGGUAUUACGAUUCUGAACAAGAAUACGGUAGCACUCGCCCUCGUAUGCCACGCAAGGGCAUAUUGCGCUCGGCCAGCCCAUCAUCAUCCAACAAUUCGACACUGGAACGUUGCAAACGUCCCGAAAAACUGCCACCAAUAGUGCCUACAGUGGCGCGUAUCAAAGAAAUCGAUUCGCCCACAGUUCAACACGUCCGAUCGUGUUCACCUUUAUCCAGCAGGGAUGGUACUAGUAGCGGCUAUCGAAGUCCUCCACCACUACCUGAAAGAGUGCUGGUGUCUACUGAAAUUGAAAGAGAUAACCCAUUCCGUGAAGCAUUCCUCGAUAAAACUAAAAUUGAUGAAUACACUGAAUUGGCAAAAGCUAUGUCCAAAUCUCCUUCAGCACUUAAAUCACCGAGGGAACACUUUUUCUUUGGUUCGAAGUCGACUGAGAAUUUGUUAUCAGCAGAACGUUCAGUCUCAAGUGGCCGUAGUACUCCAAGUACAGUGAUUAGCACACAGUCAAAAUCCACCGAAGAUCUACUGUCAAGCUCAACAGGUGCCAAACCAAAGAGAAUACCGCCUCCUAUAAUGCCGAAACCGGUGACUAAGAAAGCUGAGCUGGUACAUAAUGUGGCGUUGGAUGCCUUUCAAAAAGCUGAUGUUGGUUAUGGCGACUUUACGGUUUUCGAACACGAUCCUACCACAAACACAAUUCAUGAAGUGAGUUCGCCGCCACCUCCGACAACACCAACACUCCCAUUAACUCCACCUGCUGGUAGUAUUGCAAAACUUCCCCUGCGUGUGAAAACGCCACGUAGUCCGUCGCGCCCGCGCGAAAGCCCACCUCCACCUCCACCACCCAUCAAUUAUGCUACGAUGCCAAAACCAACUUCGCCGAGUGUACAAGUGAGAAAAAACGAUGAAGCUGAAGCGUAUUAUAUGGAGGUGUUGCCACCUCUCCCGCCGCCACCACCUGCAGACGAAGUACCACCUUCGCAGCGCCGCCACUCGGAGUUUAUACACGAAAAUUCACCUGACCACAUAUUGGUUACUGAAGACGAACACCGUACAAUAAUGCUGAAUGAGAAUGAAAUUCGCAAUCAGUUACGUAGUAUAAGCAGGAAGUCGCAAAUACCAGAGCUGGGGGUACCGCACGAAGAUGCGCCACCAGUUCCAAAUUAUGCGAGCAUCAAACACUCGGUAAAUCCAUUUAUAGAUAGUUCAGAUGACAAUUUUGAUUCAUUACCACUCCCCCCACCGCCCGAAAACCUGCUUUCCUUUGCGGCUCAAAAUCCCGGUUGUGACAGUAGUUCCCAUUGUGAUAGCGAAUCUUCAACUAUUAACAUUGUUUCUCCUAUUUCUUCUAUUACUUCUCCCAAUGCAAACAUGCAGCCAAAGUUGGAUAACUUAUCAUCAAUAGCAGCAGUACAGACAGAUACUCCAUCCAAUAACCCUCUCUCGCCCACACAAAUAUUUCCCACAGCGCAAAUACUUCCUGUUCAGUACACCAGCCUUCCGCAGCCCCAACAGGCAAAUAUUGCCCAAGUCCUAACUGGUCAUUUGAUCCCAACUAGUAAAAGCAACCUCUCGAAUUCCCAACAGAACCAAUCGCUCUUUACUGUAGGCGGUCUUGUACUGCUUCCACAGGCAACGUUCUCUACAUCAACGUCGAAAACAACGUCAUCGUCAUCAUCAUCUUCGUUGGUUACUACACCUAUUUUCCUAGCCAGUAGUGGUGCAGCAGGCGGUUUAUAUAUAAAACCACCCCAGAUUCAACAACAGGCGCCUCAAAUUCAUCUGCAUCAGCGUACAUUACUGUCACCUUCAUCAGAACACAUCACCACAUCAAAAGUGCCUAAAUCGGUUUCCGAUAAGAAACGAUUCUUUGAAUCAGCUAUGGAAGAUCAACACAAGCCAUCACAAAAGACAGAAAAAGUUUUCUCGUUCCUGUCAAAGGAUGAAGUUGAGAAGUUGAAGCAAGAAGAAGAAAGGAAGAUGGCAACACUUCGUCGUGAUAAGAAAUCGAGGUUAUUGGAUGGCUCGUCUGCAAAUGGCAACGAUGAGAAUGAUGCUUAUAUCACCUCCGCUCCCGCCUCUGUCGCUGCGACCAUCGCUAGUGAACAUCGAAAAUUACAAACAGAUGAUGGGAAUUAUGAGGGGGAUUAUGCUUAUGAGGACGAUAGACGCCUUAUAGCUGACCACCGUAACGUACUACGCGAGCGUGAUAAUAGUGAUGCGGAUGACAUGAGGGUAAAAUCACCGUCACCGUCACCGUCACCACCUCCACAACAACCACAACCGUUACCAGUCCGGCAUCCAGAUGCGGAACCGCAAACGUUGAAACUUAAAUUCGAAAAAUCGAAGAAAUCGAAAAAUGCGAAGUUGAAGGCAAACGAAAUUGCAAAAAUUCAGGGUGCGAGCAAAUCCCGCAAAGACGACAUAGCUCCAGAGCGUAACGUCGAACGGAUGGUAUCUCCAGCAUCACCUCUAACGUCGGCACAAAUAAACCCACAGCUUCCGUCACAAGUAACGUCCGAAUGGACGACUCAACAGCCGCACUUGGCAACAUUCAAAUCACCGGCACUUGUUAAGUCCUUGACCGAGCCACGUGCUAUGACAACAACAAUUGCUACUGUAGCACAAUCACCCAAACUUGAAGUAGAAUUUGCACUGACACCGUUAACACCAACACCAACAAUGACACCUGCGCCCGCACCACGCACCGUAACUCAACAACUAAGCAGCACUAUAGCUCAGUUUAUGGAUGCUGAACGACGGCAGCACGUUGAGGUCACCAACGAUUUCAAUGACGCUGAAGAUACAGAGAGUAGCAUUGAGAGUGUUAUUGCUGCUGCGCCCACAACAACUUCAUUGCCGUCGUCGUUGCGCACACCCAACCAGAAGCCAUCACUGUUGCCGAAGCCAAAAGUUAAAGUCAUCAUACCAUCUGCAUUGCUGCUGCAACAACAACAGCAACUGCAAGAAGAACAACACGAAUCAUCACCACCAACACUGACCAGUCGCAUUCCCAUCCGCACAGCAAAUUCCGAAAGGCGCGCGUUGAAGGCAGCUGGUGCGGCGGCGGGAACAGCGGCUGAUUGUGGUGUUGCGAGUAUUGAAAAAGUUGGUAUUGCUGUGGGAGAGCGCUCACUCGACGCAACGCUACGCGAGCAGUCACCUACAAAUGUGGCAAAGAGCAAAGCAAUGAUUAAUGCUGAGAAACGAGCAUCCUGGCGCGCUGCUCGCUUGCGCUCACUGGAACAAGGUGCACAGGAGGCUCAAAACGUCAUCAAAAAUAUGAAUAAAAUUGCAGACGAUCUACUGGUUGCGCCCGCCAUUAGCGAGGCUAAAAAGAUUGUUUUUCCAAAAAUCGCAAUAAAAUCAAGCGAUGGUCCAGUUAUAAUACGCGAACGUGAAAAGAUACUCGAUGAAAAAAUUGUGCGGCGAACCGAAGAGGUGCCAUGUCCUGUCACAGGACGACCUCAAUUGCGAACCGUUGAAUACAUUGAGAAAAUCAUCGAAACUGAGGUGGAAACUUGCCAGGAGAAGAUAAUCUCAUUAGAAUUGCAAGAUCCGGAAAAUGACGAUGACGAUAGUAACGACAGCAGAAGAGCCAAAAGCACCAGCCCAUAUGCAUUCCCAACUUACGGCGUAAGUAGCAAAGACUCAACAACAGUGGUGGCAGCAGCAACACCAACAACCGUUGCAGUUGCCAUGGCAGAUGAGACAUUAGAGGAUGAGGAACCGCCGGAGCUAUUGAGAGAAACCAUGCUAUUGGACACAGUUGACGAGCAUGACUACGAUGACACCACAGAUGAAGAUGGUGAAGAAGAAGGUGAGGAGGAAGAGGAGGACGCUGCCUCUAUAGUUACCGUUCAUGCAAAUAAUGAACAACUGUUCCUACGCACUGAUGAUGAAUCUAUCGUUUCUGAUGAUUUCGAUGGUAUUGGCAGGUGUGGCCCCUCGUCCAUCGACAGCGUGUCGUCCAUAUCAAAGUUGCGUAUACAACCUGUUCCAAUAACACUACACCAGACAUUGGCUAAGGAAGUUGUUGUAACAGCGCCGGCUGUCUCAACUCGAAUUGUCCCAUCAACGAAUACCGAAUCUCCAAUACAUGGUACAACCGCAGCACACACCAUUGUGGAGGUAGUAAACCCGUUGAUAUCGGGAGAUGGGCAGGUAAAAUGCAUUGCGGUGGGAAAGAUAACCGAAUACGAAUAUCCAAUUUUCGACAAUGAAACAAGGAUGAGAUUGCGGUCACAGCGAAUUGAUAGCGAUGUUACAGAUGUUGACGCAAAGAAGGUACAGCAAGACGUUGAUGUUGAGCAUGGCGAGGAUGACAAUGAUGAUGAGGCUGAGCAAUUGGCGGCUGCUGCGACGGGAGUAUUUCGUAGUGAUACGUUUGUCUUGCCUACAAUACAACAACAACAACAUCAAGAGCAACACCUACAGCUGCAACACCAGCCGCAAGAGGAACUUUCAUUGAAUGCAAAAAUGAAGAACGUAUUGGUGGAGCUAUUGGAAAAUGAGCGUGUUAAAUUGAAUUUGCAGAAAAGCCUUGAAGAGGAUGAUGAGGAGCAGCAAGAACUCGCCUACGGCGAUCCCGAUGAUGAAGAUGAUGAUGCGGUUGACUAUGCAGCAGUACGCCGUAGAGAAUUCAGUGGCUUUAGCCGUGGCGGAGUGAGAGGUACGAGCGAUGGUAAUGGUAAUGACCGAAUGCUGGUGGAACUAAUGAGGGACAGUAACAGGAAUACAAUUAAAAAGUUGGCCGGAGGCUUGGACGAUGAUGAUAGUGAUGUAGAGGAGGACGAUGAUGAGGGAGAGGAAGAGGAAGACUCCUUAGAUUCGAGUGAUUCCGAGGACGAUGCAGAAGAUGAUGAAGAGGCUGUGAACAUAACACUUAUCGAUGGCUGUCAAGUGAUUGAGAACCCGAACACCGAAACGCCACUAAAAUUGCAAAAAUCACAAACGUAUACUUCCAUGAAGGACGCAGAGCAGCUACAGGACAAGUCAACUACUGAAGUAGCUAUCGCACAGGAAGAUGUGGACAAGGACAUCGAGCAUACAGUGGAAACACUUCAGGCAGAACAACGUAAACUUGAAGAAAUCACAAAACAACUGCGCAAAUCUGUGGAAAACUUAUUGGCGGACGACGAUGCAAUUGCGGAAGCAGUUAGCCACACAAGCAAAGGUGAAAAUAGUAAAGUCGCUGAAAAUCUGACACAUGAAGUUGUACGCACUGUGGAAACGAAGACUGUCAUAGACGAAGAUGGUAGCAAGAAAACCAUUGUUAUUGAAACUAUACAUAAGCCCGAGAGCAAGCCAAAGCAGCCUGAACGAUCUCAUGAAGAGUCAGGCGAGGCGCUUUUUAACAAACUCCUGCACGCUGGCGGCGAUCUUAAGCAGAUAUUGGAUCAACAAACGGGCGAAAGUGUUAUAACGACCACCACCACAGAUACGGACGGCACUGUCACUACAACUACGACCACAAUCUCAAAUGUGAUAAAAAGUGGCAUCCCACGUGCCGUGGUGUUGAAAUCAGAAUCUGGUAAAACUGAAGAGACUACGGAUGCGGAAAGUGUUGGACGUUCCAGAGAAACUGAUGGCAGCAGUAGUAAACAGAACAAACAAAAACGUAAAGGAAAAAUGGCAACAAGUAAAUAAGAGAUAAAAUUAACAAAAAGAUAUUUCGCUGAACACAAGAACAUCUCAGCGGCACUGCAUUAGGCGCGAAUAGUGCAAAAUGAAAUGUCUAUACAUAUAAGUAUACACACAGAUAUUUAUAUAUGUGUUAAAAAGUAAGUUUAGGAGCCGAAAUGAUACAUAACAGAACCAAUAUUUAAUACAUACUUCUGCAGCCAGUUGCAUUUAUCGACGGAAGUAUGCGUGAGGCAGAAGUUGGGUGGUGAUAUGCACGUGGAUGUAAGGGUACUGAUCAGUAAAUUGGUCGGGGCGUAAAAUAAUCAGGUAGUAAGGAGUAAUAAAGAUUUAAAAUUUUUUAAGCAUACGUGAAUAUUAAUAGGAUUAUGGAGCUAAUAGAGCGCGCUCUUUGAAAUUUUGCAAUAUUGUUUGCGGGAAGUUUUUAUUUGUGUAAUAAUAUUCCAAAUGAUUUUGAAUAAAAUAAUAAUAGCCUGACGUAGGCAUUCGUGCCAGGUAUUUUAGGUCAAGCUCUUCUUCAAUUCUACUGAUGUGUGAAAGACGGUAAAGAAAAAAAUCAGCUAAUAGAUUUAUGCCGCCUCCGAAAAGCAGAUGGAUUUUUAUGAUAAUCUUCUUUCAUAGCCGAGUUACACUUGGAUGUCAACGGCCGACAACUGUCGGAAGAAUCUUAUUGAUAUUUUAAUAUCCGCAGUAGGCAUAUAACCCCUUACCUGGUACCGUUAUACCAGGCACAAUUAUGCUUCGACAAUUUUUUAUACAAAACGUAUCGAUAUUCCUUUUGAAUUAUAUGCGUCAAUGUAUGUAUGCCUUGAGUGUGCAGGCCCCGACCCUUUAUUUUAAUAACUUAUGAGGUUUUAACUAUACAUAUUUACUUUUGAACAAUACGAAUACAUACAUAUAUAAUUUGUUUUUAAUUAACAAGCAUUUGCAUUUAUCAUUUGUAACUAAUAUAAUAAAGUUCAUUGAAUAUAUUUUUGUGUUAUUAUGCAUUUAUAUGACGAUACCCAAACGACGUUAUAUGUUAAAUCUCAAUUUCCGUACCCCAACCCACUCACAAGAACGCUACGGUUUACAAAUUGGUUUAAUUUUCUGAAAGUAAAAGGUUUUAUUUAAAAAUAUUAAAUAAAAUUUUUGUUUUGCUUUUUUGUUGUAUCACCUAACGAACUAUUUAAUUUUAUACAUUUAUUUGCGCCAUUUUUUUAUAUUUAUUUUUUACCCAACCGAUUAUUUGGUUUGUCUUUGACAAUUUUAGGUGAAAAAGUAAUGCUGCGCUAAUAAACCCACUGUACCGACAUUUGAACCCCUGUAGAUCUAUCACAUGCUUUUAUCCUUUCCUCGUGCAUCUUAAUGAGACGUAUGUGGAUGCGCGAAAUAUCGCUAGCAAAAAAAAAAUGUUAACGAACAUAUAAGAAAAAACCAUUAACGAGAGGAAAAGUAAAAAGUAAAAAGAAAAAGAGAAAAACAAAAGAAAAAAAAAACAAAAAAACGAGUGCAAACUUUUUAGCAUAGAAACAACUUCACAGAAAAUGUUGAAGGCUCUUAAUUAAAUAUGUAUUUUCGAUUCAAACACCUUCACAUGUAUUUGAUUAUACUCGUAAGUAAAUUUAUCCUUUUUAAACCAUUCCGUUCGUAAUUUGAUUUCUCUGUAUUGUAUAAUGUAAUAAUAAAGGAGUAACUAAUUGUAUUUUCAGUAAGUUUAAGUUACCUACAAAUGUAUGCGUGUAUUUGUUCGUAUCCAUGUACAAACAUAUAUCUACACACCUACAUAAAAUCGUAUGGUUUUAUCAUUGUGUCUACAUAUCUAUUGCUAUAUAUGUGUUUGUAAUACAAAUUUAAACUCAAUUGUUCUGCAAUAUAAUAAUGUAAGAAUGUAUAAUAUAUAUAUAUGUCGACAUAUGUAUAUAUAAUAUAUAUCUAUGUCGAUAUAUGUAUAUAUACACUUGCAUACAUUCAGGUGUAAAUUGAAUGCACAACUAAUUAGUAAGAUUGAUCAGUACGUCCCCGAAACAAAUAUACAAUACAUACAACAUACAUCUGUACAUACAUAGGCAUUCAUAAGAAUAUGUAUGUAUCUAAAUUAAGUCCAUUGAAGCGACAUUCUAUAAAUAAACGAGGCAUAUACAUUUGUACAAUAGCUAAAUGCACACAUACAUAUAUGUAAUAAAAAUAUGUGUAUGUUCGUAAAUCCUUUCAGUUAAGGAUAUUAAUCCUGUGUAUGCAAUAUUAAAUUUGUAAAGUGGAAAUUUUAUAAGAUUCUUGAACGAAAAUGGCAAAUAUUAAAAAAAGAAAAAUAAACGAAUAUAUUUUAUAGUAUAUUA